UGUACUACAACGAGGCCUGCGGUGGCAGGUACGUGCCCCGCGCUGUGCUGGUGGAUCUGGAGCCGGGCACCCUGGACUCUGUGCGCUCGGGGCCUUUCGGGCAGAUCUUCAGGCCGGACAGCUUCAUCUUUGGUCAGAGUGGGGCUGGAAACAACUGGGCCAGGGGGCACUACACAGAAGGCGCGGAGCUGAUGGAGUCAGUGAUGGACAUUGCCAGAAAGGAGGCUGAGAGCUGUGACUGCCUGCAGGGUUUCCAGCUGACCCACUCCCUGGGUGGGGGGACGGGGUCUGGGAUGGGUACCCUUCUGCUCAGUAAGAUCCGGGAGGAGUACCCAGACAGGAUCAUAAACACAUUCAGCAUCCUGCCCUCGCCCAGGGUGUCAGACACGGUGGUGGAGCCCUACAACGCCACCCUCUCGGUCCACCAGCUCAUAGAAAAUGCAGACGAGACCUUCUGUAUAGACAACGAAGCGUUAUACGACAUCUGUUCCAGGACCCUGAAACUGCCCACGCCCACCUACGGUGACCUGAACCACCUGGUGUCUGCCACCAUGAGCGGGGUCACCACGUGCCUGCGCUUCCCAGGCCAGCUGAAUGCUGACCUGCGGAAGCUGGCCGUGAACAUGGUCCCGUUUCCCAGGCUGCAUUUCUUCAUGCCCGGCUUUGCCCCACUGACCAGCCGGGAAAUUUACCCUACAGACAUACUCAUGAUGCCUGGAAUUAUAUCUGAAUGGGAGAAACCCCUUCCUGAUGAGGAUCCUCAAGAGGGUGUGGGAGCCUUCAAUAGGCCGGUGCACAGAGCAACUGCCCACUCAGGAGACACGGAGGCCCCUAAAGAGGCCUGCUUGACUCACCUGGGGGUCACCCCUAGUGGCCAAGGGCUUGCUCUUCCUAUGGCUGUGACCCCUCAGCCCUGCUCCACCCACCCUGCCUCCCUUCCCCGCAGGAGUCUCCCAGCAGCUGGCGUUUGGCUCAGAAUCCCAACCCCUGCCAUCUGCCAUCGUAUCCUCCAGUCGCCACCUGCCUCCUACUACCUGCUGUGGCCAGACCUGUCCCUGCAGGAAGUGAGUGACAUAGUGUGA